CGUGCUUCACAUCGACAACAAAAAACUGAACUACAGCUUUUUGCUCUUUGCCGUGAACGUUCAUGUGUACUGAAUGAAAGUACUACAUAGGAGGCAACUUUCCAAACGUGCUACAGAAAGCUGGGUCAUGUUUUACGUCGUUGGGUCAUUUUUAGAGACAACCCAAUAGUUGGGUUAAAUUCGAUUCCCGCCGUGAUGCGACGAAUUUCAACGGUCCAGUCAACUGACGAAACUGCUGGUGGUUAAGAAAGAUAAAUGGAUUCAUUUGUGAGGGAAAAACUGCACCAGUGGAACCUUGGUGAUUUGGUUGAAAGAUUUAAAGAGGAAGCUGUGGAUGAAGAAAGUUUUAUGUUACUUGAUGACCCUAGCAUUGCUGCGCUAAUUCCAAAAAUUGGUCCCAGGGUUAAAUUCAAGAAAUUCCAUUCAGAACUGUUGGCAUCUGCGGGCCUUAAUCCUGACUACAAUCAGUCUUGUGUGAAUCAUUCAUCAAUAAGAAAUGAGCCACCAACACCAACUCAGACAGUAGAAGAAAACCGUCAGACGACAAGAAGCAGCUUCACCUUUGAUGUACGAGAAAUACUCAAAACAUGUGGCGGAGCAACAUUAGUAACAGCUUUAGACAGAGACAGAUUCCUGAGCCUCAAGGAGCGACGUCGUAUGGUGAGGCUGUUAGUGACCUAUUUAAUGGAGAAGUUUGGAGAAACGCCAACAUCUGAGACCAAAAAAGAAAUGGCUUUAGCAGUGACUACUCAGUUUCCUUGUCUGAAAAGCAGUGUGGGAAAUGGAUAUGAGGCCUGGUAUACUCCUGCUCGAUACCGACACCCUGCAACCGGUUAUCUAGAAGAAAGACUUCGCAAUGUGAGGAAACGUCUCAGAGCUCGACACAGUCAGAGACAGCUCAGCUUUCCACUGCUAUCCCAGAGUUCCUCAGUUCAAAGUAGUUUUCCAAUGCCAGAGUCCGAGUCUUCAUUCUCUGACAUUCACACAAUUAUUGAGAGUCUAAAGAACAACAGAAGCCCUCAAGGAGAAAUGGAGGAGUUUAUAAGAUACACAGCCUCGUGGAUUCACUCGUCCGAACCCAAAAGUGUUGAGGAAAUCAAAAAAGAAAGUCCCACACUUCGUGACUGUCUUGGCAUGUCUGUGGGCCUUAGUCCCGUCAACAUUCAGUCAUGUGUAAAUCAGUCGCCAAUAAGAAAUGAGCAACCAACACCAACUCAGCUAGAAGUGGAAACCUGUCAGACAACAACGAUCAACUCCACCUUUGAUGUACGAGAAAUACUCAAAACAUGUGGAGGAGCAACAUUAGUAACAGCUUUAGACAGAGACAGACACCUGAGCCUCAAGGAGCGACGUCGCAUGGUGAGGCUGUUGGUGACCUAUUUGAUGGAGAAGUUUGGAGAAACGCCAACAUCUGAGACCAAAAAAGAAAUGGCUUUAGCAGUGACUACUCAGUUUCCUUGUCUGAAAAGCAGUGUGGGAAGUGGAUAUGAGGCCUGGUAUACUCCUGCUCGAUACCGACACCCUGCAACCGGUUAUCUAGAAGAAAGACUUCGCAAUGUGAGGAAACGCCUCAGAGCUCGACAUAGUCAGAGACAGCUUAGCUUUCCACCGCUAUCCCAGAGUUCCUCAGUCCAAAGAAGCUUUCCAAUGCCAGAGGCCGAGUCGCCUUUCACUGACAUUCACACAAUGAUUGAGAGGCUUAAUAACAACAGAAGCUCUCAUGAUGAAAUGGAGGAGUUCAUGAGAUAUACAGCCUCAUGGAUUCACUCGUCUGAACCAAAAACUGUUGAGGAAAUCAAAAAAGAGAACCCCACACUUCACGACUGUCUUGCAACGAUAUCACAGGAUUUUGGAGUAUUAUUCCCUGAUCAUGUCGGCAGCCUUUAUGAGUUGUGGCUGCCUGUCUUCGCUGACCGGAUUUUACUUUUAGCGAAAAAAGAAGCCAAAGCUUCUGAUGUCCUUCCAGAAAACCUGGAAACACUGGAGAAGGAUGUUCGUGGAGAAAUUGCUUUUAAAGCCCUUCCUGCAAUCUUGCCAUCAUCGCCAUACCACACAAAUGGGAAAAUGGUUCGUCCAACAUAUGCUGAAGUGAAGAGCAGCUUCAUUGACAUUCAGCCAGUUGGAACUAAUAUGGUUCAGUACCUGAACAGUGGGAUGAGCCAGGAUUCACCACACAUACUUGUGCUUGGAGACAAAGAAAACUCUUCGCAAAUGUUCGUCGUUUUCAGCGGGCAGGCAGUGGAACAGGAGACCUUACUGCAAGCAGUGGAUUCAUGUUUUAAACUUUUUCACGUCUAUGACAUUAACUAUCCAAAGCCCUCUGCUCCCAUUUGGGAGUUUUUGCAACACGCAGUCUAUAAUAUCCCCGGAGGCGUUCCUUCAACACACUGCAGUCUCCUAAAAAACUUUGUAUUUCGCAUUACUGAUCAACAGUAGGUUUAUGUAAUUUUGCUUGCUUAUAUGUUCUUAAUUUUUGUGUUAGAAAUUUGUGUACUGCAUUAUACCAUCAGUAUGUUCAAAAAAGGGGUUUUGAAUUGUGUACUGUACUGUACACAGCUUGACUAUUUAAUGUGCGCUUUUUAAAUUCAUUUUCAGUAAAUGUUAUAGAGAUUGUUUGAUUUAGAAAGAAAAUAUUUGUUUAUUAAAUUUGAUUUUAUACUUAAAUAAAAUAUUUGAAAAAUUAAA